CAGCUUAUUUUUCUUAUGUCCUCCGUGUCCUCUACGUUUGUAGUAUCAUCCGUGAUCAAGCUUCGCAAUAUCUUGCCGUACUUUUGCGAAUAUUUAAUUGUUCGAAUGGAGUUUAAGAAUCGAGAUGGCAUUUCAGGCAGUCGAAUCUGUGAGAUGUCACUGUCACUACACUGAAGUACAGGAACUUAACCAAAUACAAUUGCUGAUGUGAAUACCUAAGCACGAAAAUAUUUGGAAAGAGUGCUUAGCGCGCGAUGCUGAGAAUACUAACGUUUGGGAGUGUUAUGGACCUUAGCUGACUGUUUUGUUGAAUUAAUGCCUUUUACUUCAUAUUAAUUGAUAUGAGAACUCCAAGAAGAUAAGUAGUUGGUCGUAUGAACGGCUCUUUGAAUUAUUUCAAGAUUUGAGAUAUACAAGUUUGGUUUACCAACAAAAAACAAAAGGCUGUAGUGAAGUUAUAGGAUGCCAGACAUGGUUUAAGGAGGUAAUGAUCCACUGUCCUUGGUCCUUGUCAAUGUGUACACGAUGACAAUGGAAAUGCCAUCACUCACAAACGAGCUUUUUGAUGCGAUUCAUUCUGGAGAAAUAUGUCCCAUGCUUCCAAAUAAAUCUUGGGGGAUUCACUGUGCAGAGAUACCUGAAAAAUGUAUCGUGAUCAGUGAAGUUGUAAUGCAACAUGUGAGUGACACCGGAUUAGUACCAUUAUAUAUUAAACAGAUUGUGUUCGAUAACAAGUUAAACUUCGAAGUUUACUUUCUCAAUUCUAGAAUUGUUUUGAAAAACAGACCUUUUAUUGGACAAACCAUUGCUGGUUUUGAACAUGUCGUAGCAUACAUAAAUAGUUUGAAACUAUGUGCUGGAGGCCCUGAUAUAAGUCAGUACAGUAACAUUAAACUAGAAUGUGCUUAUAAAGAUCCCACAGAUAAAUGGAGGCACAAUCUAUGUACUUUAGAAAUUUCUGGUGCUGAGGUAUGUGAAUCCUGUCUUUCUCUGGGAGAAGUUUUUAAAAGACAUGCACAGCGUAACAAACCAUCAGCAAAAUCUCGAAAAGUUGUGAAAUCAGUGAAGAGGAAGCGAGUUAUUUUUUAAUUUUAACAAGAAGGCAAUUCUACAGUGGAGAGAAAAAGUUCUAGUACAACAGCAUAAUGUUUUCAUUUGAAUGAUUAUCUUUAAACAUGUUAUAGUUAAAAUCUGUUAAGCAUACAAGAACAUUAAUAAUAGAGCAUAAUAGUAUAGAAAUAUAUCAAACGAAAUUAUUAGGUUCUAAGAAUCCUAUCUAUGAAUAUGUACUCUAUUCAGAUUUAAAGUAUUUUUUUUGUUUCUGCUUAUUAAAAGCGAAUAUCGUUUGGUACGUACAAUCGAAACAGGAAUUAUUAUGAUAACGUUAAUUAUGUAUUGUAGUAUAUAUGUAAAUAAAUUAAAAUAACUUUAACUGAAAA